AUGAAUGUUUCAAGGCGCUUUGCGAAAAGCUUUGCAACGCAAGCCACUGCCACUGGGGUGCGAAUCCUCGAAGUUGGAUGCAGGGACGGGCUGCAAAACGUUGCUACAUAUCUUCCGGUCCCUGCCAAAGUCGAGUUGUUCAGACGCUUAAUAGACGCCGGUCUUCGGGAUAUUGAAGCCACCUCCUUCGUAUCUCCAAAAUGGGUCCCACAGCUCAGGGACAGUACCGAGGUCAUGGAGGCAUUGAAGCCAGACAUUGACAUGAACAAGCUUAGGUCUCCAGUGCUGACUCCGAACAUGAGGGGUGUCCAACGUGCCAUUGAAAGCGGAGCCCAUGAGAUAUCGCUUUUUGCGUCAGCAACUGAAGAGUUCAGCAGGAAGAACCAAAAUUGUUCGAUGCAGGAAGGACUAGCGCAGGCAGAAAAGCUAGCAGCAUUUGGCCUUGAACAGGGGCUGGCUGUUCGUGGAAUGGUCUCAUGCAUUUUUGUCGAUCCGUAUACCGGGCCAACCGACACUGCCAAAGUUGUUGAAGUCACUAACCGACUACUUGAAAUGGGCUGUCACGAAGUUGGACUUGCAGAUACAACUGGUGUUGGAACCCCCAGAGACACACAAAGGGUGCUUGAAGCAGUUCUGCGUCAUGUCCCAGCAAACAGACUUGCAUUGCAUUUUCAUGAUACCUUCGGGCAAGCUCUUGCCAAUGUUAGUCGCUCGUACGAACUCGGCAUUCGAGCGUUUGACAGCAGCAUCGCCGGUCUGGGCGGGUGUCCUUAUGCUAAGGGUGCACGGGGAAAUCUUGCGACGGAGGAUCUGGUCUACAUGUUUGAGAACUCAGGCAUUAAUACUGGAGUGGACCUUGUCAAACUGUCGACUGUCGGAGAAUGGAUCUCAAAACAACUGUGCAUACCCAACGGUAGUCGAGCUGGUGCAGCAGUCCUAGCCAAAAGGCCAACCGCAAAAUGUUCGUCUUUCCUGCCCCCGUCAAAACAUCAUCACCUUCCUCCCGCCACGUCCCCUUCUGCUAGGAAAUGGGAAGUGAUUCUACAAACGGAGGAAUUUACUGCUUGUCAGUCCGGGAGUACCGUUCGCAUUACCCUCAUGCGACCUGAUAAAGGGAAUACCCUCACGGAAAAAAUGGUGGAUGGGUUGACUAGCUUCAUCGAGGGCCUGAAAAAUGACCCUACAAUUUUUCAUUUGAUCCUCACAGCCCAAGGCCGAUUCUUCUGCACCGGUCUCGACCUUAAAGGAGACACCCAACCACAGGACACGGACAGCGAUAGGUAUUACUCUAAAGCGAAAGCACUUCUCGAGGCAAUUGAACAAGCGCCUCAGACGACCAUUGCAUUGAUUAACGGCCCUUCCUACGGUGGUGGGGUUGGCCUAGGGUUUGCCUGUGAUAUCCGCUUAGUGUCACCUGAAGCGAGUUGGACCUUAUCGGAGAUCAAACUUGGUCUCAGCCCUGCCAUAAUAUCUAAAUACUUGGUACGGGAAUGGGGCCCGGCAUUUUUUCGCGAAGCAACUAUCACCGGAAGAAAGGUUUCUGCUCCAGAACUGCACCGAAUAGGCACAGUGCACGGUAUUUCAGAUAGUCCCGAGACACUGGAGGUCUUGCUGGAGCAGUAUCUUGAUCGACUUACAUACUGUGCACCUAAGUCUGCUUCGACUUGCAAGCAGUUGGUUCGCGUUGGCUGGAUGGAUGCUGGAGGUCCCAAGCAGGAGGCCAUGAUUCGGGAAACAUUCGACAAUAUGAUGACGCCCAACUCCGAAGGUCAAUUUGGAAUACAGCAAUUUCGAAAGAAAGUCAGAAAUGUUGACUGGAGAGAAUACUGGUCUUCAAGGAUAACAAAUGUCGAAAUAUGA